GAGUAGGCAAAGAACUGUAUGUGUUACGAGUGGCACAAGAGAACCGAGAGGCUCGUCUCCAUGAAGCAGACUCCCAGCUAGGAACAGAUACAGAAUGAGUGGUUGGGUGUACACAAGAAGUUGCAGGAUGAGCUUCAGAACCAUCGCCUGGAAGUCCAUCGAUUAAAACAGGAAAGAGAUUCUUUACAAGAAGAAAUUGGUCUCAUGAAAAAAGACAUGACCAGAAUGAUGGGCACAAUUAAGAUCCAUGAGCAGUCAAAAUAUACUCUAGAAGAAAUGCAAGGGCAGCUCUCGGCAAGUAGGAAACAAGUGAUAGAAGUUGUUCAGGAGAAUUCUCGUUUGAACCAGCACCUGAAGGAGAAGGAGAAGUCCCUGCAAGAAUUGGAGAUGGUCAAGCUCCCCCAAGCACAGAAGGAAGUGGAAACAGCGAGAAAAAAAGUUAACGACAUCGAAACUGCCCUCGAGCAAGUGGUGCGAGAAAAGGCUCACUUGGAGGACGACCUGAGACUUCUUCAGGACCAGUACAAGACUCUCCUUGAGAGGGUGGUUGAGGAGGAAGACAAGAAGGAACAAGCUCUCAAGGACAAGGCAAAGCUCGAAAGACAAGUAGAGGACCUGGCGGCAAAAAUGACGGUCAGGAAGCAGGAACUCCACGACUACUAUCAGGCUCGAGUGGAGGAGUUAGUGGGCCAGAAAUCUCAGUCGCUGCAGGACCAGUUAAAUACACUGGAGACAAAGCUGAAGGGAAGUCUUGAAGAUCAGCUGGAUGCCCAGAGGAAGAGCCACAAUCAUGCAGUAACCAGUCUUCAGGCAAGCCAUGAAGAGGAACUGAAGAAGGUCAGAGCAUCUCACAUGUCUCAGCUGUCACAGUUGCAGCAGGAGGUAAAAGCACUGCAAGCGGAGAAUCAAGCACUGCAAACACAGCGACAAGGAAUUAUCACAGCGGUGUCCUCCAUCCUGGGCCCCAACAAGGAAAACCAGCCAGGACUGCUGGGGAAUUUCCGCCUGCGUGACGUCCCCUGGGAGAACAGCCACAUUUCCACCUCGACCCCCAUAGGCUGUGGAGCAGCCUCUCCACUCAGCGAACAUCUGCCGUCCGCCAACGCUGCGGCACAUUACCCACUGUCACACCACAAAGUGUUCUCGCCACUAGAGUCCCAAACAGAGGCCCAGUACAGCAUUCCAGGAGUCAGAAACGCAUCUAAUUUUGCUCCCUUGUCUAAGCAGAGUGGUGGCCUGAGGUCUGGGCCAUCCAGCAGGCCUACCUCCGGGAGCAGUUCUCGAGGAAAGACUUCGACGGAGUGGCAGCCGGCCCGCAAGCGGGAAGAGCACAAGAAGUGGCAUCAGCAUACCAGACCUCGGGCUCGGGCACUCCUCCUCCAGUGACUCAGAUGGAAGUGUUUUCCAGGAAGGCAAGCAGACCGUAAGACAAAUCAUUGGUGGUUCUCUCAGUGUUAUCCCUGCAGACAAGCAUCAGGAAAGCAGUGAGAAAAUGAGAGCAUGGAAGUCAGGGAGUGAUAGGCUAUUUAUACCCUUGAGGGAUGGAUACUGUGACAAAAAUAUCUUCCUCCAAAGUCAGGCUGAGAGAGAGUACAGAUCACUUCCAGAUUUGCAGUCCAAGUCAGGACCCAUGAGCGCUGCGGAAGGAAGCUUGGUAGCUGAUCGCGUAUUGGGAGAAUAUCCCUCCUGCGUGGACUUUAAUAAAGAGAAUGAGAGUACAAAACCUAGCAGGAAGAUGCAUUACCAAGCAGCUUCCCUGAAACCUAUGAAGCAGUCAUUUGGUAAGAAAAUAUACAAGGCGUCAGAAAUCCUGCAGUCCAGUGACAUUACUGAUGAUGAGAGGAUAGAUCAGCCUGUGCCCAGUCUGAGCCAAGUCGAUCAGGAGAUGGCCAGGCUGUUGCAGGAACUGAAGAAGGUGAGGACCGACUCAACAGCAUCAGAGAGCGAGCCCCCAACCCACGAUACGUCCUUUGACCAGGACCCGGCAAGCAUCACCUUGCAUAAGCUGAGCCAAGUAUCCACAAUAUUGUCCCAGUAUGUGGCUCAGUCGCCUGCGUCCUAGUGGGCCGCUGACAGGACGCCUUCGGUAUUAAUGUUCCCAGGUUGUUGGGUAUCGGUUCUGUUCAUGAAUCCUGAUGAAUUUUUUGUCGCCUGAUGUGAUGGUGAAGCCUGUGCUUGCCCUUGAUUUCCUUGUGGCCAUCCCUUUUCCAGCGGGGCUUGGCUGCCUACGGUGCUAGCUUCAACUGGGAAAGUGGGGAGGGGUAUGCUGUGCCUUGCUUUUUCUUUGUAUCUCUUUGUCCCUCUCCCUUUGAAGCCAUAAUUGCAAAAAAGUAGCUUGAAUAUGAUACA